AUGAACAACCCACCCUCCAUCUCGCACUUAGAGGCUCUGCCCGCGGAGCUCUUCAACCGCGUUCUGAGCUACGUGUUCAAUCCUUACGAUUGCGAGAUCGAAGAGUCCAACACCACAUUCGGCGGUUACCGUUUCGAGACUUCUCUUCUACGAAUCAGUAAGAAUAUCCAUCAGCUUGCAAAAAGCUAUGUGCAUCACGCACUGUCUUGGGUACGGUUCGACAUCAACUGGGGCGCUUUCGCAAUUCAGCCACACUGGCUUGGUGUAAAAUACAUCAAUAUUCGUCAUGUCAAAGCCGCCAAAACACUUCCGGACGGAUACCUGAACCUGAGUCUGAGGCCCGUACCUCAGAAAGCUCCAGCUGGGCUUUUGCACCUCAAGAUAGAGCUACCAAGUGCUAGCAACAAAGCCCAGGAGAAAAUAACACGCAUGGUCAAGAGCAAUGCAAACACCUCAAUGUCACUACUAGUACUUGCGAAAGACUUAGCUGGCUUCAUGAAAGUACUUCGCAUGAACGACCUCAUCUAUUGCCACCGCAACUUUCCGGGAACUCCAAUCUCCGAUGGUAUACGUGCGCGUCGCGGUGUUCAUGGCAUGAAAUCAGAAAUCGUCGUUGCGCGCGGCCAACAGCUACAGCGCUAUCAACAUCUCAUCUUAGAGUUUCACGUCAUGUGGAGUACCCUCCACAAGACUACUAUUGUUGGACACGCAGACAGCCAUCUUGCUAAGAAGUCUGCGGACUUCAUACAGGGGCAGCAUGAACAUCAAGCACGCGAAUCGGUCGGUUUCUCGAAAGCGGAUAUGAACGCUAAGAUGUUUAUGGAGCUUAUGGGAGAAGGCAUAUCGACUCUCCUCUGGCUUAAGCACCGAGGCGACGAGUAUCUUACAAAAGGCUUAUACUCAAAUGCUUACAUGUGCUACUCGAGCGCAUGCACUCUCGAACAAUGUUGGCUAAAGAUGGCUCCACCGCCUGCUAAUUUCACCUUCUGGACACUUGAUAGCUGCCUCUAUGUCACCUUCGGAGUGACGUUAGUGUACAAUAUGGCAAUCGCGAAGAUGAAAGGGGGCUUGGACUUUGUUGCUGCACAUCCUCGUGGCACAUCAAUGCGUGGGUACUACGGCAUGCUCGCCAUUCUCAGCGGUGGUGGUGGACUUCUGGAUGAUCAGCGCUAUGCGGAGCUAAGCAUGGUAUCGAUGCUCUACGAGCUCUUCACUGAGAAUUUUGACAAGGGUGAUCGAUUGUUCGACAUUGUUGAGGAGAUUUGGGAGGAUGCCGACAUCAUCGAAAAUCUAUCGUCUGAUCUGGGUCUCCUGUACGACACUGUCAAAGAACUCGACAAUGCAGGCCGUACACCCGCUUCUGACCCUGAGAGUCUUGAUGGACUGAAGGCAUCAGUAGCAAUUGGUCUCGCAAAUGUUGCGCCGCUGAAGUGGGCGGUGACCAAGAACAACUUCCCGAAACCAUUGCAAGAACUUGUUCAGUUCCUACCACGGGCUCAGCUCUUACCGGACGGUGCUGUGGAGAUCCCUAGUGGCUAUAGCUUUGAGAUCCCAGUGUACUGCCAGCCAACCGAUGAGCAGCGCAUCAAUGGAGAGGAACACCCGAGGUACCUCGUGUAA